UACUACUACUACUCUAUCUUCGACCCGGUCCGCUGUCCAUUAUCGUCCCCUCGAACUCGUCUCGAGACUUACACACUUCAAUCCCCUAUCAAAGACACUAUCAACGCGCACUCCGAUCAUAACAACAUCGCAUUUCGCAUAGCUAUUGACGUGGUCUGAUUGCUUCAACACACGCCUUCGUGACUAGAAACGCGCUCGCGACGCGACCCCGCGCAUCAUCUCGCGCAUCCAGCUACACCUAUCUGCAAGGCCGAUACUAUCUCUAUCGCAACAACUAUCAAAGUCCCCUUCCGGUCAGUCUAUGCGUACAUUUCGACGUGGCACGGGAGACUACUUGCGAGGCCUAUAAAGGGCGCCGCAGCCAUCAUGGACGCUGAUAGAUUACCGUUUAUGGAUUCUUCUUUGCCGAUGCCUGCAACCGAAGCAUCGCAUCCAAAUCCUCCGCUGGGUCAGCCGGCAUUACUCGUGGAGAGAAGCAUUUCACCUAUUGAGCAUUCUGUUGCUGGUAUAGGGGUCCCGGUAGCACGAUCGGAUCGUUCGAAGUAUGCAUCGCCAGCUCCACCGGCUUCAUCUUCCAUGACACCUCCGCCAUCGACGCAGGUGCCUUCGAGUCGACUUAUGGACCGGACUCCCACUCCGCCCACUCCUCAGUUGACUUCCACCCCUCCAGCUACAGGUCAUUUCAGUCAACCCGGGCCUGUGAGCGAAGCUGCCGCUGUCACUUUUACCAAGGACCAGAUUGCGGACGCCAAUCCCGAUGAGCUCCGGAGCAUGGUGGACGAGCUGGCAGGUGCUUUAAAGGAGGCGCGGAUGACGGCUGCGCAUCACAAACUACAGUACAACAUGUUGUGCCUGGAGAGCGCCGAGUCGCAGAAGCGAAUGGCGGUUGAACUGGUCAUGGCCCAAAAGGAGAACGAGGUGCUUCAACAGGCGGUCGAGGAACAGCAGCGCGAGCGUUUGGUGUCACCAGUGCACCCACCAGAACCAAGCGUCAAUCCCGCUAACGCCAUUCUGAUUAAUGAGCUCAAUCGUAGCGUUCAGGCGCUGCAGCACGAUAAUGCAAUGCUCGAAGAUAUGCUAUCUGAGUCAAGGCGAGUUCUCGAGCACCGCGAUGGCGAGCUAAAGACUGCUUUAGAAGAAAAUGAUCGACUGCGAGGGCGCAUCCGAAAGAACAGGGAGCAUAUGAACAGUCUCCUGGAGAACUCACAGGAUGGAAGCCCCACUAGAAUGCGAUCAAUUCUGGGCACGCCGGUAACCCCUCGAUACAGACCGCAGCCACAUCCUUCGAUGGGUAAUUCACUGAAUCGCCGUGAUCAGCAACCAUUCGAGGCUCUACUCCUGGCUGACAAAGUCCUUAGCCAAGAGACUGCGACAGCUCCGUCGACCCCCACGAAGGCUGGAAACCGGAAUCGUUUUUCCCAUACUCGAGGAACACAUUCCAUGUCGUCACUUCCGUCUACACCUCAACGGUCACGAAAUCAACCAAUGAAUGCUGCUCUUCUGAAGACACCGCCAAACCAUGCUUCCAAUAGUCGCGUUCCAAUGUCAGCACCGUCAAAUCAACCUUACGGUGCCCAACAAAGGGUACGUCGUGAUAGCAGCGCCUCUACCAUCACUGCAUCCAGUGCGGAAAAUGCGUAUUCGGAUGAUGAGGUACCGGAAUCUCAAGCAAGUCGAGAGGCGAGCAGUCUUCUGCGCAAAACACCUCACAACUCAUUUGAGUCUCUGCAGAACAUUGGAGAGCCACAUCAACGUAGGAUAUUCGGACAAGUUACAAAGCCGGGCGUACCAAGAUCAGCCGAACAAGAGAAACGCAGACUAAGCGGUAGAGAUCCAAUCAUGACGUCCCCUUCCAAAAAGAGUAAAUUCAGCGACAGAGCUGGGCUCGGUAUCGGGGGUAUCGCGAACCCCCGAGGUUGAUGACUUCGUCGACUAUGCUAUUUGCUGUAGCAUCUGUGGUGGAUUUGGUGCCUUGGGUUACUAGGAGUUACAGAGGGAUGAAGUUACGGCAGUGUUGGAACGGAGUUUUUGAAUGCAAGACGGAUGUCUGACAUAAGAUACCUUUGGAAGAUAAUGUUUCAAAAUGAUCUAUGUCUGUGGAUGUCCUCGUCUGGCUUUUAUGUUGGAAAUACCUCUACUCAUUAUGACGAGCUUGUACAGUAUCUAGUAGUCGCGGUCUGUUGUUUACAAGGCCCUCCCAACAUUGAACGAGCUUGAAAGCAGUAUAUGAAUAAUGUGUC